AAGUUUAAUCGCGAAUUAAUAUUGAGACUGACGCGUGAAGCGAAACCUAAUAAUUGGAAUAACGAUUUCGAAAAACGUAGUUUAAUCAUUUUUCCAACAAUGCUUAAAACGAGCUUCAAAACUAUAUUCGUAUUAAAAAUCUCAUUUUUUAUUUUUAAAGAUUCUUCCAGUGCGUUGAAAAUCAGCGGUCAGUGUGAGGAAGAAUGUUCUAACGUGUACGACCCCGUGUGCGGGCUGCUGGUCACCCCGAGGAAGGAAGUAGUCAAGAAGUUCCAUAACAAGUGCCAACUUAGGAAGAUACAAUGUGUUAUUAGUUCUAGUACUACAGAAUACCAUCUUAGCGAGGUAGACGGAACAGAAUGUGGUAUCCACCGCAGCCGGCGCGUCCACGACUUCAGCAUCACGGGCGCCCACCAGGCCUGCAACCACACCUGCCCCACCUACUGCCUCGACACGUACAAGCCCGUGUGCGCGCAGGUGUGGAAGACGGACAGCAGCCAGCUGUACCAGAACCAGUACACGUACAAGCCCAUGAUCAACCACUGCCACGCCGACCUGUUCUCCUGCGUGCUCAGAGUCAAUGUAACUCUACAGCCGUUCCUAAACAAAUGUUACUCCAACAUGCAACCUGUGCACUACAUACUAUCUGUCGCCACCCUAAGGACCAUGCAAUUCUUCAACAAAACAAUGCCAAGGAGGCCCAGGCCGCAAACACGAAGGAGUUCACUCAACUGGAUCGAAAAGAAGGACUUGAAAGAUUUACUUAAAAUGGCAGUGUGAGUCAGACUAAAAUAUGCUCCGAUCCAUUUCUCUGAUAGCAAUGUUACAUUCGUCUCCCAGACUAAGACAAUGUUGGUAACAAAAAAUAUUAUUUAUUGUGAUUAAAAAGGUAUUAUUUCCCAUAA